GCAUAGUUCAAGCAGUCGCACUAUUUUUCCUACCCACCCACGGUUAUCGAAGAAAAAAAAAAUAGGAAAUGGUUAUCGUAAAGCGCUCUUAGCUCCUACCGUGAGAGAUACGUGCGUGCGUCCGUUCGUGCAAGAUUUCACGAGAUUAAAGGUGUGCGCGUGUGUCGUGUGCGUGAUUUGUAGGUAUGGGCGAGUGUGAUACAACUGGAACGAAGAAGAAAAAAAAAACCCUCACGAACCAUCCCACAUUGGAGGGCUGAUUGGGCAGGAAUUGGGGGUAGCACCGUGAAAAUCCGUGCGAAGAAAAGUGAUCAGCGAAAAAAAAACACACACACACACACACUACCUUUUGGAACAAAAUAAAAUCAGCAUUGAAAAAAGAUUGUGGCAAGACAGACAGAGAAUGAGAGAGAAAGGUAGAGAUGUUCGCGCACACAAGAGAGCAAGCAUGACGGGCGUGUGAGAGCGAGCGAGCGAGCACGGCGCACAGUUUGCUGUGCACGUAAAAACUGCUGGGAAAGAUGCACGAACACAAAGAUACACGCUGUUUCGGUGUGUUUAUGUGUGUGCGCGGGCAAGUGAGCAAGGAGCGAGAAUAGUAGCAGCGGGCACAGAAAUAGUAGUAGUAGUGGUAGUAGUAGCUGCAAGGCAGCAAUAGUGUUGGUAUUCUUUGCACACACAGUGCGAUAGUACUAAUUUCGUGCAAAGGCAAAGCAAAAUCAACAUAAAAAGCGAAAUAGGCACAGAACACAGCGCGCGAGUGGCUCGGAGGGUUGAAAACAGAAAACUCCCGCUGGAGAAUUCUCAGUCGGGUUGGCACCGAAGGGCAACGUUUUUUGUUGUUGUUGUUGUUGCAUGUGCGGCUGGUUGUUCCCGCUGUAGAGGAAGGUUAUUUGCUGCCACCCUUCCAAUGUACGACCCGUAAGUGAUUCUGUGCGUUUGUGCGUGUGUGCCCUCCACCGUUCUGAUUGCCACCCCGUAUGUAUGUGUGUGCGCGCGCGUGUGUGUGUGUGAAAAAAGCAACUAAACAAAUUACGUGCAGCUGGUGCCAGUGUGAGGAAGUAAACAGUACAAAAUCGAGCUAAAGCAAUUGAAAACAAAAGAAAAUAAAAAUAAAUAAACGAAGGGGCAAAAAAUCAAUAGCAACCGGUAGCUGUCAAAAAAGCAAGUUGACACAUCCCACUACUACUACCCACACGCACGGUUCAUCGUUAGCCUGCUGUUUCGUGUUUUAUUCCUGGAUGUAAUAGUAGCAACCGUUACCGUUACAGCAGAGCCUACCUAGCGGAGGGUACUUUUCGGUUAACACAUUACACCGUUACCACCGUGUACACUACUUGACGACGGGGCAGGUGAAAAGCAGCCAAAACCCGUGCAAGCGUUACACUGUUUCCUGAUAGUAACGCCAGUUAGUAACACACGCACGAGCGGGUCCUUGUUGUGCAUUAAGUCUCCUGCGUGUGCGUGUGUGUGUGUGUAAAGGAAAGUGUGUUUUUUUGUGCUUCUAGUGAUUGUUUUUACAACUGUGAAGAAAAGGUGCGUGAAAGUAAGCGUAAAAAGUUGUGUAGAAAAGUUGGGAAAAAUUUUUGUUCCGUUCGUCUUCUGCAAAACCAUUCGUGUGUUGUUACCCAAUCCAAUCAAUAGCAGCACAGGAGGGAAAGCUCAACGCGUGUGUGUGUGUGUGUGUGGCAGAUAUUGUGUGUUUUAGUUUAAAAAAAAAAGUUUCGAUUUAUUUGUCUCGUGCGUGUGUGUGUGCGCGCGUAUGUGUCCAUUUCCCUCCGAUUGAGAUACCUCACAAACAACAAACCCGUUACCGCUUAGUUGUAAGGGACGGCUGAUAGCAGCAAUAAUACAACCGGACAGCCACAAAAACACAAUUGUCCGGAAACAAUUCGAACAAGAGUAUCGGACGAAUCGAACGCUAAAGCUAAGCCGCACGUAGUCGGUCAGUUGGCGCCUUCGUAGUGCCGCACGGUAUACUACACCGGUAGAGGCAGGUGAAAGAUCUGGAAGGUGCAGAAGGACGUCACAUAUAGAGCAAUUAAUGCAGAGUCACGCGAACAUGAGCGCGUAGAGCGGAAACAUCGUUGAUCGAAGAUCAAGUGACAAACGUUGUGGCCAGAAGCGCGUUGCAGGACACCUCUUGCAUGGUGUAUAGUAUGCACAUCACCUAGACAGGAAGGAACAAGGCACUGUGUUUGGGGUUUGCAGCUGUACAAGAGCGAAGCCGUACCAGCAGCACACUCGUCGAGAUCGAGGCGGUAAGCGUAAGCGAAGCAGCGGUGCGUCGGCUACAGAGAGCAAGCGCGAACAAACAACAGCACACGCGGACACCCUCACCACAGCACGACGAAGACGGAGGGUUUUCGGGAAACUUCGCACCCCGUCUAGACGCUGGCUCGCAACGGUGAAGCCCGGGGGGCCGAGUCUCCCGAUACGUCACCGGAAGGCGGUGCCACCUGCUGGUGGGCGCCCUGGUCAGCGAUGGGUUGCUUCGGCUCAGCCGGAUCGAAACAGUCGGACUCGAACAGCUCCGAGGAUACCAAGAGCCAGAAACGGCGCAGCGAUGCGAUCACACGGCAACUGCAGAAGGACAAACAGGUGUACAGAGCCACGCACAGACUGUUACUACUCGGUGCCGGUGAGUCCGGCAAAUCUACCAUCGUGAAACAGAUGAGAAUAUUGCACGUGAACGGGUUUUCCGACAGUGAGCGAAAGCAGAAGAUAGAGGACAUUAAGAAGAACAUACGUGAUGCUAUCCUGACAAUUACCGGUGCAAUGAGCACACUGACACCGCCUAUUCAGCUAGAAAAACCGGAGAAUCAGGCACGGGUAGACUACAUUCAGGAUUAUGCGUCAGGGCCUGAUUUCAAUUAUCCGCCGGAAUUCUACGAGCACACCGAAGAGUUGUGGAAAGAUCGCGGUGUCCAACAGACGUACGAGCGAUCGAACGAGUAUCAAUUAAUUGAUUGUGCUAAAUACUUUCUGGAUCGUGUUAGUGAAAUCAAACAGCCUAACUAUACUCCAACCGAGCAGGAUAUCCUGAGAUGUCGUGUGCUAACCUCUGGCAUUUUCGAAACUAGGUUUCAGGUUGAUAAAGUGAAUUUCCACAUGUUCGACGUCGGAGGGCAGCGUGAUGAGCGACGUAAGUGGAUCCAAUGCUUCAACGAUGUCACAGCAAUCAUCUUCGUGACGGCGUGCUCUAGUUAUAAUAUGGUCCUGCGCGAAGAUCCCACACAGAACCGGCUACGGGAGUCGUUGGAUCUGUUUAAAAGUAUUUGGAAUAAUCGAUGGUUACGGACUAUAUCCGUUAUAUUGUUUCUAAACAAGCAAGAUUUGCUUGCCGAGAAGAUAAAGGCAGGCAAGAGUAAGCUGUCCGACUACUUUGGCGAAUUCAAUCGUUACCAGACGCCAGCGGACGCUGUAUGCGAAAUGGGUGAAGAUCCAGAAGUGAUUAGAGCAAAAUAUUUUAUAAGAGAUGAAUUCUUGCGUAUAUCGACAGCGAGUGGUGAUGGCAAACAUUACUGCUAUCCACACUUUACCUGUGCUGUAGAUACGGAAAACAUCAAGAGAGUUUUCAACGAUUGUCGGGACAUCAUUCAGCGGAUGCAUCUGCGGCAAUAUGAGUUGUUAUAGAUAUACUUAAUGAUUUCGAUACAACAGCAACUUGGUCGUCUCAUUUUAGUUGUGUCUAUCGUGAAACAAAUAUCAAACCUAGCCAAACUAUACUAAUUUUAUAAUAAAACAAAUAUUUGAUUAGGAAUUAAUCAAAAAAAAAAAAAUGGAACAUGCAUAAGCACACAGAGACACACACAAACACACACACAUAUAUAUAUAUACACCCACAAACACACACACAAAUACAUGCCUCUACCAUCUAAAUACACACGAACACGCGUAGGCGAUCAUCUCCGAUCGCCGAGAGGCAUACAAAGCGGAACACAGUCACGAAAGUUUGGACAAAAUCACGAAAGUAAACCCUCACACAACAGAGACGCAUACCAUAAUCCUCUGUUCCCCCUCUUAACCCCACCUUCACGCAUCCCGUUCGGGCAAGCGGAUAACGGAUUGCGGAAAAAAGGGGUAAACUGGUGAUUGAAGCGAUGAUAGAGCUGUUGGCAACAAGGUGGUGCAAUAAACGCAGUAAGCAACAGCCCCAGGUGUAUGGACAUCCGGUCAUCCUGUGCAGAAUGGGAGCUGCUUAAAACAUCCGUUAACAAAAAUUGAAUUGACUGCUCGAAUGAAGAAGAUGAUGAACACACAAACAAACAAAUGAAACAACUGCCGUCGAAAAGCGCAAAUUAGCAAAAGCAACAAAAUGAUGUCUCCCCGCGUUAAAGCAAAGAACAGGGCCCCUUUGAACGAAACCAAAACUAAAAGAACGCAAGGAUUAGAUAUGCGCUCCUUGUAAACUAAUCGCUUGUUUCCUGCACGCCGGGCAAAAGCGUCACUAAACGGCACACACGACCGUACGUUAGACCGGACAGUGGGCAAAUUGGGGAGGAGGAAGAACAAAAGAAAGGAUUCUGCUAUGUCGUAGUGGUAAGCCUUUUUUGUGCAAUAAAUUCGGUGGGUGUAGAAUUAGGAUUAGUAGUGGGGGAUAAUAAUGAGAAGAGAAAACAAAAAAUCACACGCAAAACAAAACAAACAAACAAAAAUCACACAUUACACCGUACGGUAUACCAGCUGUACAGUAGUAGUCCCCCGACCGGGUGGUUUAGUGUAGCGACCGUAAGCAAAACAUGAAGUUAAGAAAUUGUGCUGGCGGAAACGGUACCGUGCAUUUCCGUAUUAUCGUUCAUGCAAACAGUCCGCGUAUAAGCUUAGAAAAGCGAUCCACAAAGAAAACGCUCACUCACUGCGCAAAACACAAGGCAAAACAGGCAGUAUCAGUGAUGCUCGCACACUCACAGCUUCCAGUUCGCUGCUUCCUGGUAGGGCGCAGUCGUUGUAAUUGGCGUGAUGUGAUCGAUAACCCCAAAAUCAACUAGAAAUGAGAAGAGAUGAGAGAGAGAGAGAGGGAGCGAACGGGCACAGAUUCGAAACAUAAAGUGCAACACUGUUCUGUACACUGAUAGAGAAGAACGGGCUUAGGAUUAGUACUAUCGCAACGUAGCUGUUGGAAUUUCAGUAUUUCGCUCUCAUGUUUUAUACUUGUUUGUUUCCUAAAUGUUGUUAUUUUUGUUUUCGAACUGCAAGAACAAUACCAGGGGGUGUUUUUUGUUUUGUUUUCGUUUUUCAAAUGGUUCGUGGCACACAUACCGACCCAACCAACCCAUUUUGUAUUAAUUAGAUGAUCGCAUGCGCCAUAAGACUCUAUUUCUAUUGUUUAUGUUAGAGAGAAAGAGAGUGCACGUGCCCUGGAACGCGUAUGUUAGAACAGCUAGGUGUUAGAAUUUGUUACUUGUUUUAAUAUAUUGUUUUUAACGUUGUAGUUUCACUGUUUCUGUUUUUAUCCUUUCCAGACCAUUGCUGUUUGUAGCUUCGUUUUCAUUUGGUUAGGUACUGUUGCUAUAAUUUUAAGCCGUAGUCAACCGUAGGGUUCGUUUCCUUUACUUUAAAAUUUUGCUUUUGUUAUGUUUUGUUAGAAAGUAUCGUUUUUCUGUUUGAGCCCUGUACAAAAGUAAGGCUUUGUGCAGACGGUAGGCAUCGUUGUGCUUGGCGUAAGUGUGACGCUUACGAUUAUGCUUGUUUCUUCGCUAGCACUUUAGCUGUGACCAGUAAAGGUUUGCAGUAGUGCUAUAAAUUUAUUUCUAAAUUUAAAAUCGUAAUUAUGUCGAUCUGUAUCGAGAUGAUUCAAUGGAACGUUGUACAUACAAAUAAUUCACAGAUAACACCCAUGUAAUUAUAUCAAUAAUAGCCAUAUUUAUGUUACCGAAUACACUUCAAAAGUAAAACAACAAAUCUUUUUAUCUUUUUUUUGUUAUCAAUUGGUUAAUUAUCCGUUACUGAUUUAUUUGUUAGCGCUUUAACAGCACCCGGUAGUUGAAGUGUGGAAAAUCCUAUCGUCUGUACAAAACCGACCACAAAAAAACUAAAUUAUACACACAUUGUGUCCAGGUGUUGCAAAAUUGCAAAAUCGUUAAGCGGUUCCGUUAGGAUUUAUUUUUUCGGUUACGUUUUUGUUACUGCUCGCUGUAAAUGUAGGUUUUAUCGUGUCACAUAAGUGUGUUGUGGUGGUGUGGUUAGUGCGUUCGGUGAGCAGAAAGGUGUGUAUUUUGUGCACGAACGAUUAGUGAAGGAAACGUCCCCAAGAAACUGGGUGAAGAAUGCUUUAGCAAAAUACGUAGUUAAAUGUAUCGAAAAGAAUAGUAUGUGUAUGUGUGUGCAUGAAUGAAGAGAAACGUGUACCAGUGGAGUGAUGGGGUGGGUUAGUGAAAAUGUUAUUUUGAAACAGAAUAAAAUUCUCUUAGGUUAUUGAAAGUUUAUUUACCAUCUUGUAAGGAAUGAUGCAUGAAGCGGACAGAAUGAAAGUAAGACUUUAGAUAAUCCAAUUCCACGUUGUGCAAAACAAUCUGUUCAGUCAAAUGCCAGCAACAGGAAAGCUUUACGUCUUCAUCGUGUCGAUAAUCGUAAAAUCGUUGGAAACCACCUACCGAUACCUUUUGCGCCAAUAUUGAGUUUCAUGUGUGACGUCUUUAGGUUGUACAUUUUUGUUUGCUUUUGCUUUGGAACAAUAUGUUGAAUCUCGUAUCAGAAAGUUGGGAAAUGCCGAAGGGAUGAAGCUACUGAACACUGUUUCCGCAUCUAAAGGAAGCAGGUUACCCAGUUGUAUAUCAAUGGGACAGAUGUGUACAGUAAACGAAUUCCUCCGGACUGGAUAUGAUGCUUGAUGAUGCUGAUGCACGCAAAACAAACAAAACACAACAAAAAAAAAACGAAAGCUUCGUAGAGGAAACGCGACAAAAUGCGGAUGUUCAGUCGAAAAUGGGUAAAAGCGGAAACAAAUGUGUGGUGUGGUGCAGCAGAUAAUAAGAAGGAGGUAUCUUCGUGUGUGUGUGUUUGUAACAACGCAGUCCAUAGUGGUUCUGUUUCGAAAGUAAACAAAAAAAAGCUGACAAACAAAAAAACAAACUACACAACACAACUAGGAACGCGCAUCCAAAACAUUGAAACCAGCAAACCCGGCAAAUACAUCUACACAAAGCAUGAACAAUAUAUGAAACAAUGGAAAACUUAACCAAUCAGAAUCAGAUGGCAAUUUUGUAUAGCUUUAUUGAUGGUAUAGACGAAACAAAGGAAGAAAACAAAAACACACACGCAAACACACAAAAGAAACAAGAAAUAAUUGAACGGAAAUGAUAGUCAAAUGAAUGGUGUUUAUUAUAGAUGUUAAAGUAGUACAUACAUAAAAGUAAAAGUAAAAAAAAAACACACAGAAGAAAACCAAAACUAAAUGGGAAAGCGGCAAGGAAGAAAUGUUGGCAAUAAUAAUGGCAAAUUACUUUCGUUGCAUGCAACCAAAGGUGGUACUACUGCUAUAUACGCAAAUUUGUUUUGUUUUUUUUUCUCUCCUAGUUUUGUGUUUGUUUUUUCAACUAAUUUCUAAUUGGUUUUCCUAUCACAUUAGAAUGUCUCUAUACAUGUGUGCGUCCCCGAGGAAUCCGCUGUGUUUGUAUUUUCGUGAGGGUUUAAUGUUGUUUCGGGAUCUUACAAAGAUCGUUUUAAAUUUGUAUUGCUUUACUUCUGAUCUUUUAAAAAAACCAACCUGCAACCUUAAACAGAAUAAUAGCGUGCGUGACGAUUCAAAAACACACUUUGUUUUCCCUAUAGCAGACAAAAUAAUGGCGAACAAACUCCUAUCCGUGCAUCAGGUACAAGGCAAAACCAUCAAUUGUAUAUAUGUAGUCUUUCCACGCCACUCCACAGCAGGAGUAGAAGGGACACGGAGCAUAAUGUUGAAGGGAAAUACACAACAAUAUAGCAAACUUUCGCAUCCCAAGGAUUCAUUCGGAUAGCUUCGUAUCUACUAAGGUAGCUAUGCGUAGAAUGAACUUUAACAGUGGAACGCAUACUGACUAUCACAACAACCUCUGUGAUGGUUGUGGGCUACGGCAACGACGUAAGCGCAAGUAGAGAGAAAUCUAGAGGAAGUAUACGUGCUACAUUAACCUUUAUUUCUUAUCAGUGAAUUCGUGAACAAUGCAAUAGUAUCAAUCGCAAGUAGACUAAUAACAAAAUGUCGGAUAUCGGAACUCCUUUCCCACACACACACAGACAAACUCGUUACCAAUUCUUUUUUUUGGUUGUAGUAUCCUUGGGAGUGCUUUUAUAUUUCAGUCCCCGGUGUAAAAAUGGAUGAACAAUUGGACUCAAAUUGCAACCUAACCGUUGUGUGCGUGCAUUACAGCACCAUCAUGAAAAAAACAAAACAAAGCCAUUUUGCGGAACGAUCAUCCUUUCGAGCGGACACAAUCGCGGAAUGGUAGAAAAAGGAAAAAGGGACACGAAUGCAGUGUUAUGAAGGAAAGCGAAAUGUGAGGGAAAUUUAUUGUUAUUUAUUUUUCUUUUCUAUGCGUGGGGAGCUUAUGCGUGGGGGACACACAAGCAGUACACAAAACCUACGAAACAAAGGCAAUCGUCACGGUACAUCGGAUGAAGUGUGCUAGUGAGAAGUUGUACCAGCCCCCGUUCGAUCCCACAACGCAGAAGAUCAUGAUCAAAACGUACCGAAAUUAUUCAGUUCCCAAUACAUAAAAUGUAACACAUGCAUCAACAAACAGAACAAAACAUAUAUCGAAACGCAAACACGAACGAAUGCGCCAGCGGAAAUGUAUGAUAAACCGGAUGGAUGUGUCUGAUGUAAACCGCUCGAGAAGGGCAGACUAGAUUACAAAACAGUAACCCAUUUACAUUGAAAUAAAGGUAGUAAAGCUGAACAGAAGAUGGGAAAUGUAUAUCGUUUACACGUGCAUAUACAUACAUCUGAUAUAUAUAUAUAUAUAUAUAUAUACACAUACCUAUAUACAUACAUUUAGGGAAACAAGCCGAGAUGAAAUUGCAGAUGCAAACAGAUGUACUAUUUUUCGUUUCAUUUAUACUAUUGCGCGCCUUAUGCGAAAUGAUGUCUUUACUGCUCCCGAUUUCAUAGCACACCCCACCUUCGUACCUUUCUUCUGCUGUGUUAGUCAAUUGUCGCCGACCGUCGUUGACGUGAGCUUUCCCGUGACUGGUAGAACACGCUACGUUGAGGAACGAUGAAUGUCGCCGAAUACCGGUAGUAGCCCUCGACUCGCGGUGUGAUGAAAACACUGCACCUAUUCACUACUGUGUAAUGUAUGCUGCGUACUUUCAUCUUGUGGACGGAAGAAGUGUAAGGCGUUAAGGAAAACAAGAAAAAACAAACAAAAACGUAGUAAUCGCUGAGCUGCUGACUUCGUUGCGAUCGAAUCACAGCAAACCGUAGACAGUUAAGCAACAUCCUAGCAACACGCUCCCAUACACAUAUUAAUACAAACACAUCCAACUUCAUCUACAGAUAGGAUUAGCUCUCGUGUACAAGCGGAAAUGGCGCAUUUAUGCGUGCAAGCGUGCGCGCGCUGGCUUAGCGUCCAUGUUAGAUGAAUAUUUUCGUUUGUGUUUUUUUUGUUGUGUUGUUGGUUUAGUUCCUUCAAAAUGCAAAUCUGUUGUUCGGGAAGUGAAUAUAAUGCGAAGUAAGUAAGUAAACUGAACAAACAUCCCCCCCCCCCCCCCCCCAAUUGCGAGAUACACAGUGGGAAGAAACAUAAUUGAUAAUGAAAACGAUUACGUUGCGAUAAGCAAAACAAAGAAAAACGGAACAGAAGUUCGCAACUGAGAAGGACAUUUUGUGUUUCGUUUAUGUUUUUCGUUUUACACCAAACGGAAACAGACGAUACACCUUCUAUACUAACAAUGGUAGACUUACAGGUGAGCGGCAUCAGUUGCGUGCCACGCCAUGCUGUGUCCGGGGGUACGACGGAGUCAUAAAACGAGCGUGUUCAUCGGAAAACAGAUUGAUAUAUAUAUAAUGGCAUAAUAAGUAUCUGCAACAAAUAAAAUGACAUUAUUAUAUUGAAGGCAAACAAAUCAAGCAAGGCAACUCUGCAUCGCAGCACUGGCACGAGGCAAAUCAUGCUGGUAACAAAGUAGUAACAAAUCACUUGAGGCAAGAUGCAAGAUGCAUAACUCUUUUAUAUAGCUGUAUAGAGAGAACACAACUGACAGUGUGGGACAGAGCGGAAAAAAUGAAACCCCUUUAAACCGAUUGCAUGGGCGCACGUGUGAAAAGCGAACUGAAAAAUGAAAAUAAAUUCUGAAAGAAAUGAAAGGGAGGCGCCAGAGUUCUACUAAGAAAUAAAACAAAAAGCAGAGAGAGAGAGAGAGAGAAAAACAGUCAGAAAACAAACCACCUGAAGGGUGAGUACUGAAAGUGUCCCGAUGGAAUGUGGUGACGUGCGGACAUCAAAUGCGUGCACGUGGGUAGACAACGCCACAGUGUGGUCAGCGCCAGCAACAAAAUAGUCAUAGAUUGUAGAUGAACAACAAACGGGAGGGGAGCUAAGAGAACACGAAAGGUCGCACAAAAAGAAGAAGAAAAAAAGAAAACGUAUAUUACAAUGAACGGAAGCCAGAGUAAUAAUACACAAUGUGUGAACAAAAAACACAUGCAAAUUAAAUAACACGAAAUAAUAAAUGCAUGAACAAAUACAACACAAAACGGCAAACCAACAAAUGAAAAAAUUAAAACACAAAUGAUACCAACAAGAACAAGAAAACAAGAAUAGGAAUCUUGAUGUAACAAAACAAAAAAAAAAAGGUUUGCUAAAAACGAUAGUAUGAAACGGAGGAAAAAGUAAAGUAAUAAACAGAGAACAAACAACAAAAUACACCCACACACACACACAAAGAUUGGAAUGUAACGAGAAACUUUGAGGAAAUUAAAACCAAGAAAACCCUAUCGGAAUAUGUGAAAAAUAAAGCAGAUAAAAAGUUUACCUAA